AGGCUAGAGGCUAGGCGUGUUUUCUAUGUUACUUGUGAAUCUCCCGACAAUCUGUUAAAAUGUUGCACAGAAACAACGAGGUAAACCUGAGAAUGGAUCCUGAUUCACCGCUUAAUCGGGCCCAUCAGAUUGAGAGACAAGCUGAGAAAAUGUUACAAAAUGGACGUUAUGACCAAGCGUCAUCUUGUUACAUCAGAGCUGCAGAUCAGCUGGAAGGCGCAAUUCAACAGACACAGAACCCUUCAGCCAUACUUUCACUGAAACUUCAACUUGAGAAUUUGAGAAAACAACCGCAGGUCAUCAAGAAACGGCAGCAAUGGGAUAAGCACAAACAGGAUUCGGUGCUGACUGUAUCAAAUGGGCACUUCCUGAAUGAAGACAGCCCUGAUGGCCUGAGGGUUCCCAAACCAGUGUAUGACUUGUCAGUUGGUGGAGGGGCGGAGCACGAAGAGCAGGAAAGUAGGAUGAGAACAGAGAGUACAGAAUCUAGGUUCAAUUCCUCAGAGGAAGCAGACUCACUCUUAGCUGUGAUACGAGAGCAUCACAGCAUUGAAAAUGAACAACCAAAAUAUCGCUUGCCUCAGCUCAUUGCAGCCAUAAAGACAUUUGGCCUCAGGAACAGACAUCCUGACAAUGUAGAGCCAGUUGCGUCUCACAAUCCAACCCCAAAUGUUAUACUGGAGGGGCAUGAAAUUCCCACAUCCCAGCAGAAAAUACGACAGUUAGACGCUCAAAUCCAGGAGCUCCAAAGCCAUUUAAUGCAGCUCUUCCAGGUGUUGGAGUGUUGUGAGCAGGAGAACCAUAAACUAAGAGAGACGGUGUCUGACCUUCAGCAACAGUUGGAAGAAUGCAGAUUACGUGACGCCACCAGAGAAGAGAACCAUUUUGGAAUGGGGACUAAUUCCAGACUAGAAACCCCAUUUUCAUUAAUGAAUGAUUUUACUUAUUCCCCUCCGACAGAUUCAUUGUCUCCUCUGGAACCACUCAACAUCCCUGACUUUGAAGAAGUGGAUGAUAUAAUCUGAAUUGACUAUUUUGUUGCCUGUAACAUCUCCUACUUAACUGCAAUCGUACCUUGGAUCAAUACAAUUAUUUGUCAUUGGGUGUAAAAUUUAAAACGUGAAGAUUAGAAGGAGCUUUUCGGAAGCAGUUAUUAGUUAGAUUUUCACUUGUAGUAUUAACUGAAUUACUCAAGUUAUCGUUCAAGUGUAAGGGAGGAGAUGCUUACAGAAUACUUUCAGUGCUGACAUUUUUGUUUCACUGUCCUAGCUGUUUGAACUUCAGGGGCAACAUUGAUCAUAGUGCAACUCCAAAUCCAACUCCAAAUUGAAAACUUUCUUUUUGGAUUAGUUUUGCUGCAGAAAGGCAUUUAAAAAAUUUGGAGGGGGUCUGUUUUGUAACAUACAGUAAGUAAACGGUUUUGGUUGGCACUAAAAGUAAGCUGAAUCUGAAGAUGGAAGUACCAGGAAAAAAACAGCGUUCAGACUGACAGUUUAUUUCAAUGAUGUAAUGAUUAUAUUUAUCAAUGACAAUACAUGCAUUUGAUGCAGCAAAGGUGUUAGAUUUAGUGGACCAAUAAAACUGUGCGCAAUAAUUGUUGAAA